AAACCUCAGGGACCCGAGAAUAGACCUAGGGGACUCAAAGCUGAUUUUAUCACGCAUACGAGAACCUCUGCCAGUACUAGAAGCUCUGAUCUCUUCCUUGCUGGAAUCUCCAUCUCCGCUGUGCGUUAUGCCAUGAGGAAUCCACGCCUCAUCAGUUGUCCUUUCUCUCGCAGCCUUCAUGUCCUUCACCCAGCCCUGUGAGCAGCUCAUCUUGUCACCCGCCGCAUUUUGCCACCCGAUGUCAUGAGUCCUAACAUGGGGUCUACAUAUACCGAGCACGCAAGGAUGUGGGACUGCAGCUCUGUACAAGAGUACAAUGAAAAGUAUUUCGAGGAGGUAGAAAAGAUGAAGGAUGAUGUAAGAGGACUAAUAGCUCAGCUGAUGGAUCCAUUAGCAAUGCUCGAGUUAAUAGACGCCAUUCAGCGGCUCGGGUUAGAGUAUCAUUUCAAGAGGGAGAUUAAGUGCACGCUGGACUCCGUCCAUGAGCACACUAAUGCGAAUCGAUUCCAAUAUGGUGAGUUACAUGCUGCUACUCUCCGAUUCAGGCUCCUCAGGCAGCACGGUUAUUACGAAAUGCCCCAAGAUGUCUUUUGCAAAUUUACCGACGAUUCUGGCAACUUUAUGUCGGCAGUCGAAGAUGACGUGAAGGGACUGUUGAGUCUAUACGAAGCUUCAUUCCACGGAUUCGAAGGUGAAACCAUAAUGGACAAAGCUAGGGUGCUCUCUAUUGCGCAUCUGAGGAGAAAAAAGGAUGAUAUCUCAUCACCAGUUUUGGCCUGGAAAAUUGAGCAUGCUCUGGAAAUGCCUAUUCAUUGGAGGCCAAACCGGUUGGAGGCAAUGUGGUUCAUGGAAGUGUACAAGGAUGACCCUGGCAUGAACCCGACUUUGCUCAAAUUGGCUAAGCUUGACUACAACCUUGUCCAGUCAAUCCAUCGGGAGGAACUUAGCCAACUAGCAAGGUGGUGGUCUGAACUUGGUCUAGGCACGUCCAUGACCUUCUCCAGGGACAACCUGCUGGAACACUACUUAUGGAAUGUUACCAUGGUGUUCGAGCCCCAGUACAAAGCCUUCAGAGAAAUGACAACGAAAAUGACCUGUGUGAUAACACUUAUCGAUGAUGUUUACGACAAGUUAGGGUCGCUCAAUGAGCUGGAGCUCCUGACCCAUCUCAUUGACAGAUGGGAUGUUACUAGAGCGGACGAGCUACCUUUGACAAUGAGGACAUGCUUCCAGGCUCUGUAUAAUAUCACCAAUGAAAUAGGCUGCUGGGUGCUGAAAGAGCGAGGCAUUGAAGUCCACCCAUACCUGCAGAAAGCGUGGGCAGAUCAAUGCAAAGCAUACCUUGUCGAGGCAAACUGGUGCUAUAAAGGCCUCAAGCCUUCAGUGCAGGAUUAUCUCAGUAACGCAGUUAGAUCAGUCGGAGGAUUUAUUGUGCUACUGUGCUGUUUCUUCAUCACCACGGAUGACUUAACCAAAGACAAACUGGAGUGCAUUUCCAGAAUUCCGAGUGUCAUGCAAUGCUCGACCCUAAUUGGCCGACUGAAUAAUGAUUUACAUCUGCUUAAUUCUGCUUUUAUUCGGUGUCAUAAAUUGAAAUGUAAGCAUGCAUGCGCAGUGCGAAUUGGCUGCUGGAGAUAAAUUGAAUUCGGUGGAGUGCUAUAUCAACGAAAGUGGAGCUUCUAAUGAGGAGGCGAGAGAGCACAUUCGGAAUCACGUGCAUGAAGCAUGGAAGGCUCUUAAUCGUGAUGCGUUCACCGACAAGUAUUGACUUCCCGGUCCCUUUGUCGAGGCCUGUCUGAAUCUUGCACGGGCGUCUCAUUGGAUUUACCAGUACGGAGAUGGGCAUGAGGCUCGAAGUCAAGAAGCCAAAGGGAAACUAAUGUCCGUCCUGGUCCGACCAGCUGGUUCAGAUUGAUCGAACAGAUUGAAUUGUUUAUCUAUUGAGAAAGUUAUAGGUAGCCAUCAAUAGAUUUAUUAAUCUCUAGAAAUGGCAACAACAUUAAAAUGACUAAACAUAGUUACUACGAUGAAAGACUUUCGAUAUAGGGCGA